GACAUUUUUGCGCCGCAUACAGAAACAGGUUAAACAAACUUAUCACGCUAGGACCGUAAUCAUGCCUCGUUCCUUCUUGGUCAAAAAUCGUCAAACUGUACACGUUCAAAAGUCCUCUGAGGAUCAGGAAAUGGAGGCUGGCAAAUUUGAAGAGGCAGCUAGAGAGCAUAGAGCAGUUAAAAAUGAGCCACAGACAAAUAACAUUAGAAGACCAUUCGACAUAGAAAGCCUUAUACAACCUGAUGAUAACUCCACAGAACCAAAUCAAGAAGUACGACCUGAAAAUUCCGAAGUGAAUCAAUCAAAUAUAGCCGCUAAUCCACCUGCCAUAUACCAGUAUCGUAAUGGUUAUAUUCCAUACCAACCACGCCCUUGUAGGAAUAUUCACGAACCAACAUGCACGGCCCCUCAUUAUCCUAACGCUCUACCAAUUUACCCACCAAUGUACCCUCGCUUUCCUGUGGUCAUAUGUCCCCCACCUGAGCUCACAGUUCAUCCUCGAUCAUUUGAGGAUAGAUGGCGUCACCAUGGCUUUGGGGCCUUUACUCAGGCCAACAUGAAGUUUCGCACUGCCUUGACUAAUCAGAGCACAGGGCAGGAGCCAAGGAAGUCUGUCGGAUCCAUAGAAAAAAGAAGCCAAUCAGAAGAAACAUUUGGGUGUGUCAAGUGUAAAAAAGUCUUUGCAACACCGCAUGGUCUGGAGGUUCACGUGAGACGUUCACAUUCUGGAAAACGGCCUUACCAGUGCAACUUAUGCGAGAAAUCAUUUGGACAUUCUGUAAGCCUUGAACAACACAAAGCAAUACACACAAAUGAAAGGGUUUUCGAAUGCAAGCAAUGCAAUAAAACGUUUAAGCGGUCGUCCACACUUUCCACUCACAUGUUGAUACACUCGGACACGCGCCCGUUUCCCUGCGAAUACUGUGGAAAGCGGUUUCAUCAAAAGAGCGACAUGAAAAAACACACUUACAUUCACACAGGUGAAAAACCGCAUGUUUGUCGAGAAUGCGGCAAGGCGUUCAGUCAGUCAUCAAACCUCAUCACUCACAGUAGAAAACACAGCGGACAUAAACCCUUCGUUUGCACGAUAUGUUCUAGAGCUUUUUAUAGAAAAGUUGAUUUAAGGAGACACUCUGUCACACACGGGCUUUUCCUGUAGAAUUUAGUCAUAGUUCAUGUAAAAUUG